UUCUCAGCCGCUUUCUUAUUUUCCUGUACUUCCACAAAUUCCAUACCUCUUCGUUUCUCUCCCUCCCUUAUCCCGGGACAGGAAAAGGAGCAGUAGCUGAGAGAACCAUGGAAGACGACUGACCACAAUAACAGGAAAAGGAAGUGGGCAGUGACCUGUGUGAGAAAGGGGGACUGUGGUCAGACAGCUGUGGAGCAACAGUUUUAGGUUUUGGAUGAGAAAACCACAUCAGAGUGGAGAGGAAGAAAAAGAGCAAGAGCGACUGAGAACCUGUUGGAUUCACACCUGAGGAAGAAAACCUUGACAACCUGCAGAAAGGGAGUUAAAUAGAGACGAUUUGGGGGAGAAAAACUUCACAUUUCAAUAGAAAGAAGAGGGGCGAGGAACAAGAGGAAUAACUGGGUGGUUUUAGCCACCCCGAUCAUCUGAACUCCAGUUUCGGGGAACAAGUGCACAGCCUGACGGAACCGGAGCUUCAUUUUACACCAAAACAAUUUGACCCGCAGUGCUCAUUUUUCAAGAUGAUGGCACGGCUCCAGCUGCAGAUGACAGGACUUUUGACUACCUUGGCUUUGUCCUUCUGUCUUGUUGUUGCUGAAGACUUUGGUCUUGUAGCCAUGGUACCAGAGAUACAAGACUCAGCUGAUGCUGUGAAAAAAGAAUCCCAUCUGGUGCUGACCAGACAGAAGAGAGAAUGGAUCUGGAACUCUCUUUAUGUGGAAGAAGAAAAACCUGCACCCAGACCUUACAAGAUUGGACAACUCAAGUCAAGCAAGAACGUGGAAGUGAAGAAGUUUAAAAUAGAUGGUGAAGGAGCAAACACCAUCUUCACGGUGGAUGAAAAGGGCGGCCUGUUUGUCGGAACAUCUCUGAACAGAGAGGAGAAGGCCUUGUAUCAUUUAACAGCUCGAAUGUUUGACGGGAACAACAAGUUGAUAGAGGACGCUGGGGAAUUUGUGGUGCAGGUGACAGACAUCAACGACAACGAGCCCAUUUUCCCCAGGACGUACAAUGGUUCUAUAAUGGAAAGGUCUCUUGUAGGAACUAAAGUGGUUCAAGUGAAGGCAACUGAUGCAGAUGACCCAAAUACUGCCAACGGAGAGCUCAAGUACUCUUUGACUUCAGCUGGAGACACUUCUGCCUUCGAAAUCCACCCUGAUGAAGGUGUGAUCAGCUGCAAGAUAAACACUCUGGACCGAGAAACCACGAGUCAGUAUGUGCUGGUGGUAAAAGCUCAGGACAUGAGAGGAAUGGCCACUGGCAACACGGCCACCACCACUGUCACCAUCACCAUCACUGAUGUCAAUGACAAUUUAGCUUCAUUCACCAAAAAGUCGUAUUUAUUGUAUGUUCCAGAGAACCACAGGCUGAAUGAAAACAUUGGUACUCUGGUGCUGGAGGACAAAGAUCAGAUUCAAAACAAACAGCCCACAUUUUCUAUUCAAGGUGGAUUUAGUGAAAUAUUCAAUGUUGAGCUCAACCCUAACAAGGACGGCAACCUGGUGCUUAAAAAGGUUUUGGACUAUGAAACAAAUAGCAGCUACAGUUUCACUGUUAAGGUGAAGGAAAACAUGCACUUUUCUGCCGACAAUGCAAAAUGGGCCAUAACAAGCGCAGAGGUGAACGUCAUGGUGACCGAUGUAGAUGAGCCACCGGUUUUCUCUGAAUCUACCUACACCUUCAAGGUUUUGGAAGAGCAGAUGGUGAAUCAAAUAGGAAGGGUCCAAGCCAGAGAUCCUGACAAAGCCAACAGGAAUAUUCAGUACACGAUCUUGGACAAGGACUGUCCCAUCGGUAUCAAUCCCAUCACAGGUCAAUUGUUCACCUUGAAAAAGCUGGACAGAGAGCUGCAGGCAACACACAUGUUUCAAGUUAAGGCGCAGGAGGAUCCAGAUGGUUUGGAGUCAUUUGUAAAAGUUAAUAUCAACGUUCUAGAUGUCAACGACAACAAGCCUGAACUGAACGUAGAUGAGAUCUUUGUCUGUGAGAAUGACGUGAAAAAUACGGUAAUUGGGCUCUUGCAAGCCAGAGAUAAAGAUGACCAAUUAGCCACCUUCUCCUUCAGCCUUGCCAGUCAGAACUCCAACUUCACCAUUAGAGACCACGGCAACAACACAGCAGACCUGAUAGUGAAGCAAGGCCCGUUCAGCCUGGAUGACCCCAAGGAUCACAGUGUGGAUGUGCGGAUCAGUGAUGGAGGGCGGCCCAUCCAGACCAGCAUCACCAAACUGGCAAUCAAGUUGUGUCGGUGUGAAGGUAGACGAGUUCCCUCGCAGUGCAAAGCCAGUGCACGGAGGAUGGGAGUCAGUGUCCACGCCCUGAUAGCCAUCUUGCUCUGCAUACUAACCAUACUGGUUAUAGUGAUCCUGUUCGUGUUGAGGAAACGCUACCAGAAGGAUUCUCUCGCCAACAUGAAGAACAGCGGAGAGAUUCAUGAGCAGCUCGUCACGUACGAUGAGGAGGGAGGAGGAGAGAUGGACACUAAUGGCUAUGACGUCUCAAUCCUCACCUCCGCUUGCAACGACGGCUCUCUGCUCCGCCACCCUGACUGCCUCCCACACCCCACCAUAUACGCCAUGGUGCAAAAGCCCCGCCACCAGUCUCAGCCCACCGCGUGCAAGGGCGAUAUGGCGGCCAUGAUCGAGAUUAAAAAGGACGAAGCCGAUCACGACAGGGACGGAUUCCCAUAUGACACCCUCCACAUCUACGGCUACGAGGGGCCCGAGUCUUUAGCCGGAAGUCUCAGCUCUCUGGAAAGUUCUUCAUCCGUGUCAAACUUGGAUUACGACUUCCUCAACGACUGGGGUCCGAGGUUUAGGGUUCUGGCUGAGCUGUACGGCAUGGACGAAUCUAACUACUACCAUCAGUACUGAUAGAACUUCAGUUUUUGCAGAAUGUACACAUGAACAGUGUGCAUCAGUGAAAAGAGCCAUAAAUACACUCAAUGAACAAAAACAUGCAAGAACCAUACACACGCAGAAAAAAAAAAAAAAAACUGUCUCCAGAGACUUCUUUGACUCCUAAAAACACAAUCAGGAGGUCUUUUUCUCCUCCAAACAUUUAGCUUCACUUGUGGAUUCAUUUGUUUCUUGUGCCUCUUCUUUAUUCACCCCCAGUCAGAGAACAAGAGCAUCAUUAAAAUCCUCGUUGCUCCCACAGGCUUAAUCAAGGAAUUAUUAGUAGUAUUAUAUUUUCACUGGCUUGUUGUUUUUUCUAAUGUGUAUUAAAAGAAGUGAACUUUUUUUUAAGAAACUCAAGGUCAUGACUCCAUAGGAACUAAAUGUUUCAAACGUUUGCAGAUAGACUCCUUUGAUUUGUAAGUACCAUGAAGAUAUUUUAGUCUGCAAC